AUGAUUCAAAACGUCAGCGGUAUCUCCCCAAAAAAUCAGCAUCUAUUGAAUGGGAUUGUCCGGGAACUCGCACUCUCAUUCAGCAAACCUGCUUUGGAAUUCAUCGAUCUUCUAAUAGAGUCCUUCAUGUAUCCCAAAGGAAAUGACAACCCUUCAUCAAGGAUGUUAGGUUGCUAUGAAAAUUCUGAUCCCGUUCAAAAAGAAAUCAAGGGCUCAGAUUCAGAUUAUACUUUUGAACCUCAUGAUCUUGGUUAUGGAAGGCUAUUAGAGAUGAUUCACUUGAGACAGUUAAUACUGAAGAUAAAAAACGGUGAAAAGUCUUUUCCCUCCGUGGAUUCUUCUGAAUACAUUCCCUCCCUUCUUGCAGUUUUGGAGGAGAUUCAUACCUUUAUGAUCCAUCUGCUGAAAGAAUUAAGCAAUUAUAUCGAGGUCAUAGGAUCAGCUGUGAUUUUUAAAGAAAUUUUAACCGAGCAUUUACCUAACUUUCGUCACGCUUUUCAUGCAUUCAAAUCCUUCAAUGAGAUAUUGCAACAUCUCAUGGAAACAGUAAAAAGAACGGGCGUAUCUGACGACGAAGUAUUCCAAAUUAACCAGAAAACUAUUGAACUCAUCAAAAAGUUUACCGUUGACAAUGUUUUGUGGUUCGAAGAACUCAUGACAGGCUCCAAGGCCUUAAAAGAAUAUCUUCUUUUUGAGGACUGUGAGCUUAAACCUAUCGAAAACGUCAACGCCCUCAACGAGGGCCUGCCUAAGAGUAUAUCAGCAGCUAUUAACUCUCCACAAUUUGAAGAUUUUCUGCAAAUCAGAAAGGCCAAAUUAAGAGUAUGCCAUCGAAGGGUUUUUUAG